AUGGAAAGAGCCGACCAUGUUGAACAGAGCAAUGAGUUCGAUCGUUUCAAAGCAGGCCUUCGUUUGAGUUCACCCAUUCCUCUUCCUGUGCAUACUCAUCACAAUUCUGUGAAAUAUCUUGGUUCUGAUUCUCUCUAUUUAGAUCAGUCAGCAAGAUAUCUAUCACAAAGUCAUACUCCUAUAAAUUGUAUCCCUGGUCAAAGAAUGACAUCUAGUUCUCAUACUGCGAACCCUAUAGAAGAGCAGUUGCUUAGUUCAACUAUUCAUACACAAUCUGCACCAGUUUUAAAGACCAAGACUACUCUGUCCUUGGAUAGUGGGAAUCAGUUGUCAGAGCAUGGUGUGGCAGGAGACAGUAGCAUUGGAACUCUACUUGGUUGUCUAAUGGCAGCUAUGUAUAUGGGUGGAAGCCUUCCGCAAAUUUGUUUAAAUCAUUCUUGUGAGAAGCUUGGAUUGGUCAAGAAUGGCCCAAAUCUACCGUGGCUUAUAGAACCAGGAGGAUGUGCCCUUCUUGAUCUUUUUACGCUAGGGAAGCAUUGUAAGUAUGAAGCAUGUAAGGACCUUUUUUACUGGGGAAAGUCUGAUUUCAGAGCAAUAAUGACAAGGUUGGGAGAGUAA